CUCAAACUAAAGCCUCAAGCCUUCAUCAUCUUAGAUUUUAGGAUUAAAUGAGUAUAAUAACGUUCGGUUUAACAUAAAACAACUUACCCUAAUAAUCAUGAUAACUUAAUCUUUCAUUUACAUGUUAGAAAAUUAGAUAAUCUGUUUACAAAAAACUAAGCUAUGGCAUUUAACGCAGACUGGGCUCUAUUCACUCCCUUGGUCAGAGCUGUUGUCGACAACAAGCCAGAAGAUGUACGGGAAGCAUUAAAUCUUGGCUUUAGUGCCAAUUUCCCAGACGGCGAUGGAUGGACACCUGUUCACCAUGCAGCUGCAGAAGACACCAGAAAUGAAUGUUUGAAAGAACUUCUGACUCACAAAUCUGCAGAUAUCAACGCCCAAACGUUUCUCGAUCAAACUCCUUUGUAUGUGGCAUCUGAGAGAAAUUGUGUAAAGAACGUGAAACUUCUACUAGAACAAAAAAAAUGUAAUAUCAAUCUUGGUGGGAUGGGAAACAUGACUCCACUUCAUGUUGCGUGCUGUGAUGGUAAUGUACUGAUUGCAAAACAAUUGAUUGAGUUUGGGGCUGAAGUCAAUGCAAAAGAUUAUACCAAUUAUACACCAUUACAUGCAAUUGUUGAUUCUCACACAUUCAAUAGAGGUGGAGAUAAUAUCUGUUAUGAUAUUUGUAAGCGUCUUCUAGAGAAUGGGUGCAAUCCUGAUGUAAUAGAUUUAAAUGGUAACCACCCCUUUCAUUUAGCUUGUUAUAAUGGUCUUUUCAAAUGUGCUUAUUUUUUGUUGUCUGUGUCAAAACAAAAUGAUCUCAUAAAUUUGAAGAACCGCGAUGAACAAACUCCACUGAUGUCCGCAGUUCUUUCGCGCAAUGUUCCUCUAGUAGAGUAUCUCCUAGACCAAGGAGCUGAUGUAAACAUUGCAGACAGCAUGACUGAUACAGCUCUCCACCAUGCAGCCACCACCGGUGACUUUGGGUUGUUCAGUUUGAUUUUGAGGGAAACCAAUAAAGAGUGUAUCCUCAAAUACUGUACUUUUGAUGAGGGGAGAGACUUUGAAGGAUUGGCAUCUGGAAAAAGGAUGAACAGUUUGAUUUGUCUUGCCAUUAACACAGGAAACCUGGAGUUUUUAAAUCAAGUGUUAAAAUCUGAUUUAGACCCUGCAGCACUAGCGUGUCCAGUACAGAAAUACCCUUUUAACAACAGUUUUACUUUGCACGCUCCAAUUUCAUUUUUGUUGGAGUUUAAAAUGUGUGAGUUGGGAAACUCGACUUUGGAUUUUCUGCACACUCUGAUUGAACACGGUUUUCCUAUAAAAGUCACCAGUAAGCACCCACUGGUUAACUACAUUAGUCCAAUUUGCGCCGGACUAGUGGCCUUGGAUAAUUCACCUCCAGACAUUGUUUUGAAAUGCUUGAAAGUUUUACUACACAGAAAUGCAGACCCAGACGAACCACAUGGUAGGAUGCCAUUUGCCAUGGAACAAGCAAUCAAGAGGCAAAACACUGAAGCGGUGUUGUUGCUUCUGCAACAUUCCAAUGUGUUGGAGCCAGAAGAUGUUAUCCAUUGGAUACUACUUACUGCAUUGGACAAUACUUCUGGGAAUCAAGUAAAAAUCAUUGAGGCUCUUUUACCUUUGGCACCCUACUAUCAACCAUCUGAACAGCUUCUUCCUGAUUUAACUGAUAUUUUGAAAAGGAAAGAAUUGCUUACUCAAAAAGUGUAUCCCUUAACUCAUUACUGCAGGACAGUUAUCAGGAAGCAACUUCACAAAGAGACUGAAUCCUGCCCAACGUUGUUCAGGCAGCAUUUAUCUGGUUUAAUGAUCCCCAAAGAAUUAUAUUCAUUCCUUAGUUUCAUUUAAUUCAUUUUUCUUUCAUUUUGUACAAAUUUUAUAUAUUAUAUAUGCCUAAACCAAAA